AUCAGUCCAGGGAGAGGUGGUGACGGCAGGGAGAGUGAGCCCUGGUGAUAAACAAGAGCCUUGCCCUCUCCGGGGUGGAAGUGCUUCGGAGAGAGACACUGGCACGGCUGGACCUGCCUCCCCAGCCAUUCUCAUCGGGAUCCCUCUCCCGGACGUGUCUCCCCGGACGCUGCCAUCCGAAUCUGUCCCCUGGAUGCUUCUCCCCGGCUGGUUCCUUUAGGAUCCGUCUCUCACACGCGAGAUCCGUCUCCCGGACACGUCUCCCCGGUGGGUCCACCGGGAUCCGCCUCUCAGACACGUCUCUCUGGUUCCACCGGGAUCCCUCGCCCAGACACGUCUUCCUGGCUGGCUCCUUUAGGAUCCGUCUCUCAGACGCGUCUCCCUGGCCGGUUCCAUCAGGAUCCGUCUCCCAGAGCCAUAUCCUUCAGAGGGAUCUAUCGGAUCUCAUAUUCAUGCACCUCCCAUAGGGACCCGUUUUCAGGACUCGUGUCCCCAGCUGAUCCCACAAAGAACUGUCUUCUGGCCUUGUCUCUCCACUACGACCUACCUUGCCUUGGUGUCUCCAGCCAAUCCCCACACACAAUUAUUUUCUGGGCUUCUCUCUCUGCUCCGACGCCCUUGGGUCCCUACUAGGAUCCCUGCUUCACUCCUGUUGGCUUCCUCCUCCUCCAGCAAUGGCUUCUGCAGGGCUGGAGCUCUUGGGCAUGGGGCUCAGCAUCUUUGGCUGGCUGGGCUCCAUCAUCUCCUGUGCCCUGCCCAUGUGGAAGGUGACGGCCUUCAUCGGCAACAACAUCGUGGUGGCGCAGACCAUCUGGGAGGGGCUGUGGAUGAAUUGCAUUGUGCAGAGCACGGGCCAGAUGCAGUGUAAGGUCUAUGACUCUAUGCUGGCACUGCCCCAGGACCUGCAGGCCGCCCGCGCCCUCAUGGUCAUCACGGUGCUGCUGGCCGUGCUGGCCUUGCUGGUGAGCGUCGUGGGCGCCAAGUGCACCAACUGCGUGGAGGACGAAGGCGCCAAGGCGCGGAUCAUGAUCGUCUCCGGUGCCGUCUUCGUGGUCUCCGGCAUCCUCUGCCUCAUCCCCGUGUGCUGGUCGGCCAACACCAUCAUCCGGGACUUCUACAACCCGCUGGUGUCUGAAGCCCUGAAGCGGGAGCUGGGGGCGGCGCUAUAUGUGGGGUGGGCAGCCGCCGCCCUGCUGGUUCUCGGGGGGGCUCUGCUUUGCUGCUCCUGCCCACCCCGCUCAGAGAGAUACCCACCCCGGGUCGGGUACAUGGCGGCUGCCAGGUCUGGGGUGGGCAGCGGGGUGGACAAGAGGGACUACGUGUGAGGGGAGUGGAGGAGGGGAUAGAUGGAUGGAUGAGCAUGUGGGUGAACAGAUGAAUGAGUGAACGAACAGAUGAAUGUGUGAAGAGUGAGGGAACGAACAAAUGAACAAGGGAGUGAAUGGAUGAAGGUGUGAAGAGGUGAAUGAGGGAGUGAAUGGAUGAAGGUGUGAAGUGAAUGAGGGAGUGAAUGGAUGAAUUAGGGAAUCAGCUAAUGGCUGAGGGAAUGAAUAAACUAGUGAAAGAGAGAGAGAAUGCGUGAAUGUGGGAGGAGAUGAAUGAAUGAGGGAACGGAGAAACAAAUGGACAAGUGGAUGGAUGAACAAAGGGACUAAUAGAUCAUGAGUAGAGGAAAACAAGUGAACAAAAGCAUGGCUGAAGGAGGAAAGAAUGAGUGAGUGAAGGAACGGACAAGGGUGCGAACAAAUGAACAAGCGGGCAAAUGAGUGAAGGGAGGAGCAACAAAGAGGGCGAAUGGAUGCGGGAACGAGGGAGUGAAUGAGACAACCGACAAAUGAAAAAGGGAGGGAAGGAAGGAAAUGAAAUAAAUAAAAGACGGGGAGGGGGCAGAGCAAACACAUGGGGGACCAAACAAAAGGAAGGUUGAAGCCACAGAGGAAAGGAGCGAAAGGCGGCGUCAGCGAAGGGAUGAACAAAGGGCUAAUGGACAAAGAAGGAAGGAAGAAGCGGCCGAUCCCCAGCGAAUGAACAGAUCGGGGGGCUGCGGGGCUUGGCCAGGGAGCCCUGACCCCAUGGAGCCCGGCUGGACCUCACCCUGGCUUUGUUUGCUCGACGGUUAAUAAUUGUCCCAGCUCCCUGGAGUGAGACCUGCUAAACCACCCCCUGCACACGGGGACUGCCUGAACCCCCCAGCCUAACGGCCCCUCUAGCCAAAUCCAGGGGCCCAAGAUUUUGGGGCUCUCACCCCCCACUGGGGAUAGAUCCAGGGCUUAUUGGGUCAUCACUGAGUGGGAUUUGGGGGGUGUCACGGAGUGGGUGAUCCCUGGCUGUGGUUCUUUUGGGAGGACACAACCCCCAUUUCCUGACCCCUCCAGGGAGGGGGCUCGGCCCAUGUUCCUGGGGGCGUUAUGGAGAUAAAAGAACCAGACUAGCACCCAC